AUGGCAUCAAACCCGCCCUCAUACGACACAGUAACCAGCCAUCAACCAAAUGACCAUCUCGCCGGUACAGAACGCUACACACUCAUCCUUGACGGCUGCACAAUCUACCCCUCCGAACCACCCUCACGAAUUCUGUACGAAAUCAGUAAUCCGCCCUGUAACGCAAGCACAGCCGUCUACGGCGUCCAAAAGGUACGCUACCGACUCUCAGACCACGACGGCGAAGGCAAGUUGAGGUCUCGUCUCGAUCACAUCUACGAUUUCCAAAAUGAGUUCUUUUACUCCCUCAGACACAUCCGUGCUCCCGUGAAACUGCAGGGUAAAACCAGCAGCAAGAGGAGUUACAAAGAAGUCAAGUUGUCGAGUGGUGUAAGCGGGUGGUCAACCUGUUCUGCAGAGGGGUACUUCAAAGCCGAAAUACCAUUUGGCGAUAGACUCAAAAAGGAUGCCCAGAUUCAAUGGAAGAAUAAGGAUGGCGUCGUGGUUGCGCUGGAACACAGAUUGAAGAGAGACGAUAAAGGCGAGGUAGACCUUUUACCGAGGUUGGAUGUGAAGGAGGUGCUGGAAGAGAAGGAUAUGGAUUUACUUGUGAGUUGUUGGGCAGCGAGACUGUGGAAGGAGGCGGAGGGGGAUUUGAAAGAGCCGAUGACCUGGGAGGAUUUUAAGCGGAUUGCGAGUCAGAAGAGAAAGUUUGGCAAGACGCCGAUGCUGGGUAGCGGUGCUUUGGGGGUUGCUGGAGCAUUUUGA